GGUGGCAAAAUUUAUAAGGGAGAAAUUUACGUAGCAGCUGUGCACGCAAAUUGUAAAAUUAUUUUUUAAAACCAUAAAACGCGUUAAAUAACUAAAAAACUUAUUGAUAAUGGAAUCCGCAAGGUUUUCUCCUCGUGCUAGAUCGAAUAAAAAGUUAGUCUGUUCAGUGAAAGGCUGUAAUAGCACCUCCAACAGAGAUCUUGAAUUGUGUUUUCAUUACUUCCCGAUAAAAACAGACUGUUUUAUAUACAUAAAAAAUAUUUUUGGAAAAUUAGAGAAAAAAAAAAAAUUAGAAUGUUGGAUGAAAGCAAUAGGUGUCAAUAAAGUGAAUUCCGGAAUGAAAAUUUGUUCACGUCAUUUUUAUAUGGAUGAUUAUAUUUUACCAAAUGCGCCAGCAAAAUUAAAACGUUUAAAGAAAAGUGCUGUUCCUUCAUUAAAUCUACCGCAUUCUACUAAUGAAAAAAGUAAACAUGACAGAAAAGUCAGAGUUUUGAAGAGAAACAUUAAAAAAAGCAAUGUAACAGAGAAGCUUCAACAAGUUGAACUAAUGAACUGUCAUCAAUCUGUAGUGGAUGAGGAUAUAUCAGAAAGUGUGCAAGAUGUUUCGGAUGUUAUUAUUAAUAGUGAGCAAAAUGCACCAACCUACUCUGAAAAAUGUAAAAAAAGUUCAUCCACUAAAGAUUUUGGAGUGCAGAAAGAAACAUCCAAUUUAUUAACAGUGAAAAGUGAAUUAUAUCAAGAUAAUUACAAUAUGGAUGGAACUGGGCACUUUUCUGAUCAAGAAAGUGAUAGAAAAAAUGAUAUUUUAAAUUUAGAUGAUAUAAAAGAAGAAAUCGAUAUAAAAAAGGAAGCGGAAGAUAACAUUUUUGUCAGUCAAAUUGAUGAUGAUAUAAUAAAAGAGGAAACCAUUAUAAAAAAUGAAUUACUAGAUAAUAAUACUUUGAAAGGUAAAAUUGAGCCUAAUGUACACAAUAAUGCUCCCUCAGAUUUAACUAACAUUAGAAUUCAUACAAAAGAGAAACCACAUAAAUGCAAAAAAUGUGGUAAAACAUUUAAGUACAAAUGUAGAUUAAAUGUUCAUGUUUUAGUACAUGUUCAAGCAGAAGAAAGGCCAUUCAAAUGUGAAACCUGUGGACAGAAAUUUACUCAAAAAAUUAGUUUGAGAAACCAUGAAAUGGUACAUACAGGUGAACGUCCAUUUGAAUGUCCAAUUUGUGGCAAACGUUUCAUACAAAAAUCGAUCUUGUUCAGUCGUCACAUUAGUAUACACACAGGAAAAGAACCAUAUGAAUGUCAAGUAUGUCAGAAAAAGUAUCUUAGAAAACAGCACAUUGACGAGCAUAUGCACAUACAUACGGGAGAAAAACCGUACGAGUGUCAAGUGUGUCAGAAAAGAUUUUCCAAAAAACGUAAUUUCGAUCAACAUAUGGUCGUCCAUAGCAUAGAAAAGCCACACGAGUGUCAAAUUUGUCUGAAAAGGUUUUCCAUAAAACGAAAUUUGGAUCAGCAUAUGGUCAUUCAUACCGGAGAAAAACGAUACGAGUGCCAAGUGUGCCAGAAAAGGUAUCUCAGAAAAUAUCAAAUUGAUGAACAUAUGUACAUACAUAUGGGAGAAACACCAUUCCAAUGUGAAACCUGUAAACAGAGAUUUACUCAUAAAAAAGAUUUAACUAGUCACCUUCGCAUCCAUACGGGGGAAAAACUGUACGCUUGUCAAGUGUGUCAGAAAAGGUUUGACAAAAAAUCCCAUCUCAACCGACAUUUACGCGUUCAUACGGGAGAAAAACCGUACGAGUGUCAAGUGUGCCAUAAAAGAUUUCUCGAAAAACGAAAUUUUGAUCGACAUAUUAUGCGCAUUCACAUUGGAGAAAAACCGUACGAGUGUCAAGUGUGUCAGAAAAGAUUUUCCGAAAAAAGUUGUCUCAAUCGGCAUACGCGCAUUCAUACGGAGAAAAAUAUGUAAAAGUUUAAAGUUUGUAUGUAAAGAUUUUCGUUUUAUCUCCUCCUAAAAAAGAUGCCUAUGUAUGCUUAAAUAAAUGCAAAUACAGAUAUUAAUCAGAAA